AUGGAGCGAAAGUUUUACAAGCCUAUUGGUCAUGACCUUAUUCCGUAUGUUUUUAUUAGUGUUAUAAUAGCCUUGUUUUUCUUAACUAUGCUUUUUCAUGUUGAUAUUAGCUUAUUUUUACGGUUAUUUGUUGAUUUUUCGCGUUUUGUUACCUAAAAUAUGAUUUUGAUACCUAAAUAUGAGUUUGAUGAUUGAAAUAUGAAUUUGAUACCUAAAAUAUGACUUUGAUAUCUAAAAUAUGGAUUUGAUACCUAAACUCUGAUUUGGUAUCUAAAAUAUUAGUCUGUUACCUAAAAAUAAAAUUUUGAAUUUUUUUCAGACUUGGAAGCCAAAACUUGAGCAGUGACGUUGCCAAAUUCAACUUGCACAAGAAUGUAUUGGACGAGAAGCCAGCCGGCUACAAGUGUGGUGCUCAGAAACGACAGAAAUGGGUUGUCAGAUGCGAGAGUUGUCAGUUGAUUAUCACUCGAGAGCAGGCUUUGAAGGUGAGUAUUAAAACUUAUCUUUGUCCCUACUCUAAACUACUACCCCUACCCUCACUACGACCGUACUAUAGCCUACAAUAAUCUCAACUUUUCAAGACUUACCGUCAUUUUCAGUCGAACGUUGUCUUCACAUUGAACAAGUUUUGGCACCGUGAGCAUCUGACUUGUAUUCGUUGUAAUGCGGCGGUCGGGGCGGAUCGAUUGGAGUUUCGUCAAUGCAAAAGUGACUUGAGUAAGCCGAUCUGCAUCGACUGUUACAUGGAGGAGAACCAUCCAUCUUGUGAUGGAUGUCACAAGCCGUUGAAGGAGAGAGCCAUCAGUGCGAUGGGACAUCAGUUCCACAAGUGCUGCUUUGUGUGCACUAAGUGUCGAGGACCUAUGCCGAGUAGGUUUAGGCUUAAUUUUGGGUAUAAUGUUUGCUUUAGGUUUAAGUUUGGGAUAAAAGAAGGCUUAGUAUUAGAGUAUACGGUGGGUUUAGGCUUAAUUUUAGGAUAAAAGAAGUCUUAGGCUUACAAGGAAAGUGCCCAACCUGCCCCGCUCUGAUUGACUUCGAAAUUUUUAUAUAGAAAGGUCAUAUAAAUAUAAGAUGUUCAGCAAAGUACUAAAUCGCGCUUUCCAGGAAAUCUCGAGAAAAUCGAGAUUAAAAAAUGACAUUUUGAAUUUCCCGCCAAGUUGGCAUUGUGUUUCAAGCUUGUAACUUUGUCAUUUUUUGACUUUUAAUAGUUUUUCUUUGAUAUACUGGUAGAUGACCUUUGAAUAAACCUACAUUUUUAAAUUUGUAAGCGUAUCUUGUCUGGAAAGCCGAAAAAAGUGCUUGAAACACAACGCCAAAUUUGCCAAAUUGGCGGGAAAUCCAAAUAAUUUAAAUUUAAAACACAAAAGCGCGAGCUAAAAUUUUUUAUGGGUACUAUUGGUGGUACAAAGAAUUCAUAUAAAAAUUUUGAGCUGAUUCUGAGCGGGGCAGGUAGGGUACUUUCCUUGUUAGUAUUAGAUAUGGGGUUGGUUUAGGUUUAAUUUUGGGUAUAAUUUAUAGUUUAGGCUUAGGUUUUGGACAAAAGAAGUCUUAGGCUUAGUGUUAGAGUAUAUGGUUGGUUUAGGCUUAGUUUUGUGUAGAAAGUUUGCUUUAGGAUUAACUUUCGGAUAAAAUAGGUAUUAGAAUUAGUGUUAAAGUAUGGGCUUAAAUUAGGCUUAAAAACAGUUUCAUUAUAGACAACGAGUACUACGUGUUGCAUGGUCUUCCCUACGAUGUGGAUUGUUAUUUCCUGAAAAAGUACGAAUCCGUUAUCAAUACUGGUGCAAAUGCGGUCCAAAGUCCGGCCGCCAAUGCCUAUACUUCCGAUUCGUCGAGUACCGUGACUACUACAUCGUCCAAGGAACUGAAGCCAACCGAUGUUAAUGAUGGCAAAGGUGGUAGUGAUGGCAAAGGUGGUGCUGAUGGUAAGGGCGGCAGUAAUGUCAUUAAAGGUAGUACUGAUGGUGCUAAAGGUGGUACAACUGGUGCUAAUGGUGCUGGAACGAAGAGUGGUACGGAUGGGGCCAGUGGUACUGGAGCGAAAAGUGGUACAGAUGGUGCUAAAGGUGGUACUGAUGGAAAAAGUGGUUCUACUGGUACUGACGUUAAAAAUGGUAAAGAUACGAAGCAAGAUGGAAAAGAUACCAAGCCAGAUGCCAAAGAUAACAAGGAUCAGAAGCCAUCGGAUUUGAAAAAAUAA